ACUCACCCACAGAACUAUUGUAAACUAUUGAGCGUCUUUACUCCCUUGUUGUAUAAUGUACUAUUCUUCUUCGAUGUAGUACGUUGAUACUGUUGUCCGUGCACGAACAUGAACAGAAGUGAGAGUGAGUUUGUAUUGUUCUGUGUUUCGAAUUGUCGAAGUUAUUGAAAAGUUUUCUGAUUAAUUGAUAAUGUCGUCAAGUGAGGAUGAAGAAAGUUUUAAAGACAUAAAACCGGAUUUCUUGAAAGUUGUAGAUAAUGAAAAAGAAGAAUUGCUUCCUCGUAAAUCUCGAGAAUUAUAUUGGUCUGCAUAUAAUGCUUUUACGGAGUGGAAAGCAAAAAAUAAAGUAAAUGAAGUAUCAGAAAAUGUAAUGUUGGCGUACAUGGGUGAAUUAUCUAAAAAUUAUAAAGCUUCAACACUUUGGAGCAAGUAUUCUAUGUUGAGGAGUACAAUUUUUAUCAAGGACAAUAUAAAAAUUGAAGAAUUUCCUGGAUUGAUUGCAUUUUUAAGACAAAAGGCGAGUAAUCAUGAAGCUAAGAAGUCAAAAGUGUUGAGUGAAAAUGAUGUAAUAAAGUUUUUGAUUGAUGCUCCAGAUAAGUUGUAUUUAGCUACAAAGGUUGCUUUAAUUUUUGGCUUCUAUGGUGGUAGUCGAUAUUGUGAAUUAGUUAAUCUUAGAGUUGGAGAUGUCCUAGAUCUUGGUGGAAUUAUUAAAGUUGUAUUGAAGGAUACAAUGAAAAAAACUGAAAGGAGUUUUAUUAUUGAAGGAGAAUUAGUUGGAGUUGUUAAUGCUUAUCAAGCACUCAGGCCAAGAAAUUCAACGUCAGAUCGUUUCUUCCUGACUUACAGAAAAGGCAAAUGUAUAAAUCAACCUCUUGGAAAAAAUAGACUUGGUUGUAUGCCCAGAGAAAUAGCCAAAUUUCUUAAGUUGAAAAAUCCGGACGAAUAUACUGGUCAUUGUUUUCGGAGAUCGUCGGCAAUACUGUGUGCCGUUCGAGGUAUUACUAUGACAGACUUGAGCUUACGGGGGUGGAAGUCGACGAGAGUAACAGAAGGUUAUAUUGGAAAGUCAAUUAGGCAUAAGAUGAAGACGAGGAAACGAAUAACAAAAGUCAUUGGAGAAACAUCAUGCGAUGAAUUGAGUUCAGGAUCAGCACCGCUGGAAAAAUUGGAAGUAGACGCAGUAUCAUUACAAUCAGCUGAAAAUGUAUCCAAUGCUUCAAGUGUAUAUGUGUCUAAUUCACAAUCUGUCAAUAAUUCGGAGGGUCCAUAUAUCGCAGAAGUUUUUUGUAGUGAACCACCGAUAUUACAAGCGCAGUCAUCUCUACAAACAGGAAUACCAUCUACAUUAAUAUCAUCAACUUCGAUACCAACGUACGCAUCAAUAUCCGCAUUAAAAUCAGUAUCAAGUACUCAAGAACAGAUCACAACAGGCUCACCAGGAAAACUUACAGUAGCAAAUUGUAAGAAUAUAGAUGAAAAAUUGUUACGCUUAUUUAUAAAUGACUUGCAACCGUUUAGCAUAAUGGAUGAUACUGGCUUUAAAGAUUUUGUAAAAGCACUUAAUCCUAGUUACGAUUUGCCAGAUAGGAAAUUCAUUUCGCAUUCAUUGAUACCAGCACUUUUCGAAGAAUGUAAAAAUACCUGCAAGCAAAAAGUACAAAAUGCUGUAAAAAUAUGUGUAACCACUGACACGUGGACAUCUCGUCAUACCGACAGUUUCUUAGCAAUAACAGCUCAUUUUAUAAAUGAUUUUAAAUUAGAAUCAGUUUUAUUAUCGUGUAGGAAAGUAACAGAAGCACAUACAAGUGAAAACAUUGCCAAUAUUUUAAAGACAGUAUGUGAAGAGUGGAACAUUUUAGACAAAAUAAUAUUCGCCGUUACAGACAAUGCACCGAAUAUAAGAAAUAGCAUAAUUCAUCAUUUAGGAUGGUAUCAUAUUGCAUGUUUUGCACACACUCUAAAUUUAAUUGUUAAACAUAGUUUAAAUACUGAUACAAUCAAUUUAUUAAUAGACAAGAUUAGGAAAAUAGUUACUUAUUUCAAAGAAAGUACAACAGCAAUGGACAUAUUAGAUACUUAUCAAGUAACUGCAGGUGCAAAUGCUUUAAAAUUGCUGCAGGAUGUAUCAACACGUUGGGAUUCUACGUAUUAUAUGAUAGAUAGAUUUGUAUUACUUGAAGAACCGAUUAAAGCCACAAUACCAAUAAUUAAUAACAAUUUACCAUGCAUCUCCAGUUCAGAAUGGGAAAUAUUACGCGAAAUAGCAGUUAUACUCAAACCAAUAGAAUCGGCAACAAAAAUUAUUAGUGAUCAAAGAUACCCAAUUGUCUCUAUUUUAAUACCCUUAAUUUCAGGCUUAAAAGAUAUAUGUCAACAAUUAAAAAAGAAACAUUUCUCCAUAGAUGUGCAACAAGUAAUAUUUCAAAUAGAAUACCAUAUAGAAACUAGAUACGCAGAUAUAGAAAACAAUAGCCUGAUUCAAAUUUGUACAUAUCUUGAUCCACGCUUCAAAACUGCAUUUUUCACCGACGAACAAUUAAAUAUAAUUGAACGAGAAAUAUUAAAUAUGAUGCAACGAGACAUCAAUGAUGAGAACAACAGAGAAGAAUGCACUCACGAAGCUGAUGAACUGUCAAUAUGGAAUAAACUGGAAAUGCAUGUAAAAAAUCACUCUACAGAUCUGACUGUACAGUCAAGAUUAAAACUGGAACUUGGGCAGUAUUACCAACAAAAUUUUUAUCCUAGAAAUGAGGAUCCAUUAAUUUGGUGGAGAGAAAAUAAAUCACAAUUUCCAUUAUUAAAAAAUAUAAUGGAAGAAUUGUUUUGUAUUGUUGGCACCUCGGUCCCAUGUGAAAGAAUUUUCUCAAAGACGGAACUAAUUUUAAAUGAUAAGCGAAGUCGCCUUAAUACUGAAGAGUCAGAAAUGUUAUUAUUUUUAAAUUGUAAUACGUGAUUAUAUUUUAUAUAAUAUCAGA